AUGUGUGUUGUAGACAACCACAUCAACAACAAUAACAUCAACAACUGUACUGUAUGCAAGCACAUCAACAACAAUCACAUCAACAACUGCACUGUACACAACCACAUCAACAACUACAAUAACUUCAACAACUUCAGCACCAACAUUAACAAUAACAUCAACAAUUAUAACAGUAACAACACUGCUAACAAAAGAUCUCAACUCAGUUUUAACGCACGUAGACACACAAAGGCACAUGGACACACAGACCAGCAGACAAACGAAGAAAAGGAGAGAGAUGUGCAACGACCCAUAAGAAGCAGACCAAACGAUUGA